AUGGUGAUACCCGAUGGCUUGCAGCGAGACUUCCUUCAUCAUUAUCAUGCCAUUCUAGAAGGAGGCCAUCAAGGCGUCGGAAGGACGUACCGGAGGAUCCAAGCGGACUUUCACUGGCGUGGGCUGUAUCGAAGUGUACAACGUUACGUGGGGGAAUGCACCGAUUGCGAAACCGGGAAGGGAAAGCCAACGGGCCAGGGAGAAUCGCCAGGAAAUAUCCAGGGUACAUAUCCUUUUCAGGUAAUCUCCAUGGACCACAUUCCGUCGUUGCCGAAGUCAUUCAAGGGGAACACCGAACUUCUGAUUUGGGCCGACUUGUUCACCGGUUAUGUAAUAGCCAAGGCUGAUCCGUCGAGAGAGGCGCAGGAAGUGGCAAAAAACUACGAGGAAUGCGUCUUCCGUCGUUUCGGCGCAAGCGAAGUCAUCAGACGUGACCUAGAACCGGGUUUUAUGUCAGACUUCUUCCGUGCCUUCACCUGGAUCGUGAAAAUGAGACAGAGCGCAACGAUGGCUUAUCGUCCACAAGGAAACGGCAAGGCCAAACGAACGGUGUACGUCGUAGACGUCAACCAGCACGACUGGGACGACUAUGCGAAGCGGCUGACGUUAGCGCUGAAUACGGUGCAUGAUCGAGUGUGGGGAGAAACGUCGUUUUUUCUUGUCCAUGGAUGGGACCCACGAUCGUCACUUGAAGCAGUUGUGUGCGAUGCACGGAGAUGGAGGUACCACAUACAGGGAGAGUACCGCAGAGCCAGGGAAGCCGUCAACGAGAAUCCACGCGAGGCGAUCAAGUCUGGGGUUGACCAACACAACGAAAACGUCAGACCACACCGGAUCGAGGAAGGCACACAAGUGUGGCUUUACCUGGACCGCGUAACGGAAGGUUACGCCCGCAAGCUUGCACACAUGUGGCAUGGGCCGAAUCGCGUAACCGAGCCGAUCGGCAAUCACGCAGCUCGGCUCGAGACCGCUGGCCCAGGGUAUCGAAUCUUCCCGAUAGUACACCUGUCGAAGUUGAAGCCAGUGCGAACAUUCCCGGAUCGACCAAAGCUUGUUUUGAACACCGAAGACGAUGUCCGGAUUUUGAUGAAGAAAUUGUUGUCUGACAAUAGCUGGGACACUCCACUGGACGAAGGCGAAUUCGAGGUAGAACGGAUCCUGGACGUACGGUCAGGGAGACGCACCCGCUGUGGGUGGGUGCACCGAGAGUUCCAGGUAGACGAAGCCAACCUCAAUUGCGCCGCCUUGUUGUACGAAUAUGAGCGCGGACGUACCAGCCGUAACCGCUUCAAUGUGAUGCAGUCACACGAAGAGGGGACCAACGCUGAAUAA